AUGUUGUCCGACACGGUGACUUUGCUUGACAAGGUCAAAAAGGGUACAGUCACGAAGCCCAUCAAGAACAUUGGGAAACUAGAAGGCAUCCUGCGGCGCAUCAGCAUCUGUAUCGGCAUCGGUAUCGAUGUCGGUUUCUGUGUCGGUGUCGGUGUCGGUGUCGGCACCGGCAUUGACUGCCCUUUGAUUAGAAUCGCCAUAGACUAG